AUGCUUCCAUCAUUUUCCAAAUCAAAUGGUGCUUACGCUGCAUUAGCUGCUGGAGCUGUUGUCGGUGCAUACGCAUAUAAAUCACGUCUACAACGAAAAUAUGAUGAUGGAAUUGAUCUGAAAAAUCAAACAGUUGAAAUCGAUUCCGUCGAACAUAUUCGUCGUUGUACUUUUUAUAAAGAUAUUGAUAUUUUUUCGUUUUAUAAAAUAAUUUCUCCUACUGUACAAACAUUAGGUGAUAUUUUCUAUUAUGGUUAUUCUGCUUCUAACAACGGACCAUGUGUAGCUUUUCUUGAUCCAGCAAAUAAAACAGAACCACUUAAUUGGAUAUCCUAUUCCAUGGCAUUAGAACGUAUACGUCUGAUCGGUUCACAUUUAGGGACAGACGCUAAACUAACUCCAACACAAUCAAAAGUAGCUAUUAUUUCAGUCAAUCGACCAGAAUAUGUAUUUGUUGAACAUGCAUGUUAUAUGUAUGGAUUUAUUGUUGUUGGUCUUUAUACAACAUAUGAUUCAUCAACUAUUCUAUCGAUCCUAGAUAAGACACAAGCUGAAGUAUUUGUUGUUGAUAACUUAGAUCGUAUUGACUCAUUUAAAAAUCAAUUAUUGGAAAAGAAUUAUAUAAAAGAAAUUCUUGUUAUGGAUGAUGUAUCAAGUAAAUCGAAUGAAAAAAUAAAGAACAUUCCAACAAUUUUAAAAACUAUGCAACAAUCAGAUGUUCGUCCACGACCUAAGAUUGAUCCAGAGAGUAUUGCUACAUUUAUUCUAACAAGUGGAACAACAGGUGAACCUAAAAUUGCAAUGUUAUCUCAUACAAAUUUUUUGGCAACAGUAAAAGGUAGUAUUGAACGUCGACAACGUGCUAAUAUAGCAAUUCCAUCUGUUACUCGACAUUGUUCAUUUUUACCAAUGGUACAUAUAUAUGAACGUUUAAAUCUGCUCCGUAGUUUCCUUCAUGGUACACAAGUUGUUUUUUGUCCAAUACCCGAAAAACUUUUUGAAUAUUAUUCAAUUGUAAGACCAACAGGUAUUGCUAUGGUACCAAGAGUUUUAAAUAAAAUUUAUGAUACAAUAAUGACUGAAGUAGGAAAAAGUAAAAUAAAAUGUUUUCUUAUUUCAUGUGCAUUAUAUUAUGAUCAACCAACAUUAUUUUCACGUUUUAUUUUUCGAAAAGUAAAAAAUUUAUUUGGUGGACAAGCUAUUUCGAUGGGAACUGGUUCAGCACCAAUUACACCUGAAGUGCUACAUUUUUUUCGUAUUGCACUUGAUAUACCUAUUAUCGAAGGAUAUGGUCAAACUGAAUCGACAGCUGCAGGUACAAGUACACAUAUUGGUGAUAUCUCAUGUGGUACUGUUGGUUCACCUGGUGCUGCAGUUGAAAUAAAACUUAUUGAUAUACCUGGUACAAAUUAUCGAAGUAAUAAUAAUCAAGGAGAAAUAUGUAUGCGAGGCCCAACUAUUUUUAAAGGUUAUUAUGGUGAUGAAGAGAAAACUCGUCAAACUAUUGAUGAAGGUGGUUGGCUUCAUACUGGUGAUGUUGGUGAAUGGACAAGUAAUGGUGCAUUACGAAUUAUUGAUCGUACAAAACAUAUAUUUAAAUUAAAUCAAGGUGAAUAUAUCGCACCUGAACGUCUUGAAGAUGUUUAUAUUCGUUCUCGAUGGGUAGCUCAAAUAUUUGUUGAUGGAAUAUCAACAGAAUCAACUGUUAUAGCAAUUACUAUACCUGAUCAAAAAUAUGUACGAAGUCAAUUUCAAACAACAAAUCCAAAUCUAUCAUUUGAAGAUUUAUGUAAAGAUGAAAAACUUAAAGAAAUUAUUUUAGCUGAUUUAAAACGAUUAGCUAAAGAAUAUAAAUUUAAAUAUUAUGAAACAAUUAGUAAUAUUUAUCUUCAUCCAGAAGCAUUUUCAAAAGAAAAUCAUUUUGUUACAUCAACAUUAAAAACUCGACGAACAGCAGUUCGACAUCAUUUUCAACAUAUUAUUCAGUCACUUUAUCAACCCAUUGAUAAAAUAACGAAACCAAUUAAUGUCGAAGAACAAUCGAAAUUAUAA